AUGGCGUCGGACAGUCGCGACGUGUUGACACUGAAAGUCAUGAGGCUGUCCCAGCCUUCCAUCAACGCCGAGCCAUGGCCAUUGCUCCGUAUUGAUGAAGUUACUUCUGAGGACCAGUCAAUAGAGAAGAAGGUGGAGCGGGCGAAGGAUUGCGUUGAGCGAGCCCUCGACAGUACGCACGCGCUGUUGUUGCCUGCAACACAGGGGAGAAUUUUCAGCGGCGAGACCUUCAGCGCAUACAUCAACAUUUCUAACUCGUCCAACGCCCAGGCUGUGAAUGUGAUCAUCCAGGGUCGCGCCUUCGUCGAAUGCUCCUUGGACAAUGUGUCUCAGCAGCCCGUGUACCUAAGCGACGCCUCGAUCUUCUGUGUGGAAGGCAUCGAAGGGGUUCGGUUAGAUAGUGGGCCUCCAUGUGAUAGCAUGAACCACAAAGGGCUUCACUACUUCAAGCCUCAGGAUCGGUAUAAUCUGGUUUUCUCGCUGACGCCCACAGCAACGAGACUGGGUGUGGAUGCCAGUUUCAUCAGGCGACUCCCUGUUUUGGGGCAGCUGGCUCUGGAAUGGCGCACGUCAACAGGAGGGGCUGGAUGCAUGCACGACUACACUCUUACAAACUCGUUGGCGGGGAGCGCCAAACCCUUGAGUCUGCGAGUCGUGUCCUGUCCCGCUUCUGUUCAAGUUGAAAGCCCUUUCCAAGUGGAGAUUGAGGUCUCCGCACACAUCGAACAAGUUUUCUGUCCAGUCCUCAUUCUAAGACCGUCCGACCUCCAGCCCUUCGUCAUUCAAGGUUCCACCACUAGGCCGUUGGGAAUCAUCGACAUGUUGACGCCGCGACGGUACACUCUGGAGGCGGUGUGCUUGAGUCCUGGUUUUCAUUCGGUGAAAGGCAUCAUGGUGUACGACCCCGACACGCACCAGACGGCGGACGCUGCGGAGACGCUCUGCCAGGUCUUAGCGUUUUGA